GCUCCAUUCUCCAUCAUGGCGUGGACUCUGCUCUUGGCCUUCUUCUUCACAUGGAGCACAGGGGCCCAUUCACAGUACACCUUGACUCAACCUGCUGCCCAAUCAUCUCCCCUGGGACAAUCAGCAAAGAUCUCAUGCACCAUGAGCCGGGACAGCCAGGUGGGCAGUUAUAGCAUAGCUUGGUACCAACAACACCCUGGAAAGAGCCCAAAAUACCUUCUCUAUGAUAGCAACAGCAAUGGCCGGUUCACGGGGUCCAAGGACACCUCUGCCAAUGCAGCCUACUUAACAAUUGCCAGCCUCCAGGCUGAUGAUGAGGCGGAUUACUACUGUGGUGGUGCUUACGGGAGUGGCAGCAACUUCAGCAACACCGAGGGGAAAUAUCGCAGACCUUGGAAAACUGAGCAGAUGGGGGAGCUGUGUGCCAUUGUCUUCCUCCACAUCCUGUACACAAAACCACGUCUCACUUGCAUUCACUCAUUGGCUUCAUCUCCAGAAAGCCAAGAAAUUCUCAACAUGUUGGGAGCAUCUCUCCUUGUCCUUCUGGGCAUCUGGUGCACAGGAUCCAGGUCUCAGCCUACACUGAUUCAGGAAUCCUCCGUGUCACCUUCCCCUGGACAGACAGUUAAACUCUCCUGUUCCCUCAGCAGUGGACAAGUACAAUCUUAUUGGCAAUCAUGGCAUCAACAGAAAGAAGGAGGUCCUCCCAGAUUCCUUUAUGGUUACUACAACAGUGCAACUCCAGGCUCUGGAGACCUCAGCCGCUUCUCUGCCUCCAAGGAGAGCAGCCAAAAUAAAUGGUAUUUGACCAUCAGCAACGUCCAGCCAGAAGACGAGGCUGCUUAUUACUGUGCUGUGUGGUAUCACCCAAGUACACUGUUCCACAGUGAUAUAAACUCAAGAGGAACUGAGACCAAAACCACCAGUGCAAAAUGUGGCAGCAGUUUUUAG